GUAAAUAAAAAUAAAAAUUGAGAAUUGAUAUCCGUCCAAUUAUGCAGGUGGUAACAUAGUCGAUGUUGAUUCAUUGAUGGUGCAAAUGCAAAUAAAUUUGACUCAAACAUACCCCUGCCUUAACGACACCGUUUUCACUGUCUCUGAGAAUGGAGGCGCUAAGUCGCUCCGUGGAAGACGUAUUCGAGGAUUUCAAGGGCCGAAGAGCCGGCAUCAUCAAAGCUCUUACCACCGAUGUUGAAGAUUUCUACAGCCAAUGUGAUCCUGAGAAGGAGAAUUUGUGCUUAUAUGGAUCACCUAAUGAGCAAUGGGAAGUAAAUUUACCUGUUGAAGAAGUUCCUCCAGAGCUUCCUGAGCCUGUCCUGGGCAUUAACUUUGCUAGGGAUGGCAUGCAGGAAAAAGACUGGUUAUCUUUAGUUGCUGUUCAUAGUGAUACAUGGUUACUUGCCCUUGCCUUUUAUUUUGGAGCCAGAUUUGGAUUUGAUAAAACUCACAGGAAUCGACUAUUCAGUAUGAUCAAUGAACUACCAACAAUAUUUGAAGUUGUUACAGCAAAGAAACAAGUUAAAGAGAAGUCUUCGGUUUCAAACAACAGUGGCAGCAAAUCUAAGUCUAACUCUAAAGCGCGGGCUUCCGAAACCCAGGGCAGACAAUCAAAGCCAUUACAACCAAAAGAUGAGGAUGAAGGACUAGAAGAGGAAGAUAAUGAUGAACAUGGAGAUACCUUGUGUGGGGCAUGUAGUGAGAAUUAUGGUACCGAUGAGUUCUGGAUUUGCUGCGACAUCUGUGAGAAGUGGUUCCAUGGAAAAUGUGUGAAGAUCACCCCUGCCAGAGCAGAGCAUAUCAAGCAAUACAAGUGCCCAUCAUGCAGUAACAAGAGAGCUCGCUAAGCAAGUUUCCAUCAUGGACAACCAACUGUUUGAGUAUUAACUAAUCUGAUUAAUAUGUUUUUCUUUUUAGAUGUAGCUGAUGGAUAGUUUUUAUGUUUGACACAUGUAGAUUUCUUGUCUUUCUGUGGGAUUUUUGCUGUGUUAGUUGUCUAGGGAAAGUUGAGUCUUUUUCCAAGCCUUGUCCUAGCUAUGGAUCCACGUCGGCAUAAGCUUCAUAUGAAUGGGGUUGAAACCAUAAUCUCAUCAAUGCUUAGAAGCUUAGGGUUUUUCAUCACAUCAAGCCAGAAUUUUAUUAAUAACUGAGUCCAAGAGGAACUCUAACCUCCAACACAUCAAACCAGAUUGAUGAUAGAUAAUAAGAGCCUAGAACACAGAAUACUAGUGUCUAAACAAAACAUUAACCGAUGGAGGCUUGCCUCAACAAGACAUGAUAUCCGCAAAGGUAACGUGCAAGGUGUAUGGCAUGUUUCACAUCACGUUUUUAUGUAUUUUUUCUCGUUUAGAUGGAAUCUAAUAAACAUUGCUUCUGCAUCUUGUAAAAGCAAAAAAUACAGGAAACUUGUUGGAGAUA